AAUUCGGUAGGAUAAUCGCUCUCUUGUUACGUUUAAGCUGUGCUGCGUGGUCUGGAGCUCCGCGUGGAUACGCAAGUGGCGCAUGGCUAGGAUGCCUGAGCUUCCCCCCUCCUUGAUCCCGUCUCCUCAUCCGACACCCCGAGCAUCGACCACUGUUGAGACAAAAGGUAAACCAUUGAUUGAGGUGAUGUCAUUCAGACAGGGGCCACGGACAGACAAAAGCAGACAGUAGACAAUUCGACCGGAGGAUUUAUGUUUAUCAAGCCUGCACUCGUUAGACCAACGUCCCACCUCUGUCACCUGGCGCUGCCCUUCUCAGAAAUCGCGCCGAAUUACCUAUGUGCCGGCAUUAUCCCCACCAACCGAAACGCAAUUUCACAGCUCCAAGACAGAUAAUAUGGGAGGCGAAGAGGUAGAGACCGGAGACCGAGUGUCGUGGAAGUGGGGUGGCAGCGCCCCCGGGGGCACAGUGGCCGAGACGGCAGACCGCGGUGAGCUCGCGGUAACGUCGCACCGGGGCAACACGAUCGCGAAGACGGCGCGGCCUGGCAACCCAGUCGUGCGCAUCGAGCGGUCCGGCAACGACGUCGUCAAGAGGGUGUCGGAGGUGACGGUGGAGAAGAAAGGAGCUGAUAGGAAGCGCAAGGCGGGGACUCAGGCUGCUGCAGAGGGCGAGGGCGAAGAGGAGGGCGGGGAACCAAGAAAGGGGGAGAAAGGGGGCGAGGAAGGGGAGGGGGAGGGGAAUGACACUGGGGAUUCGCCUCGCGUCGCUAAGGACGGACCCGCAGCGAACAAACGGCAGAAGCACGAUGAAGCCGACGAUGGGAGGGGUGAGGUCGAGGAAGACGCAAGCGUAACUGAGGCAGCAACCGGGGUGGUGGAUGAAAGCGAGGGGGUAGACGACGACGAAGUAACCGACUCGGCGUCGGACGAAACAGAGGAAGAGGAUGUAGACUAUGAAGGAGGGACUGAGGACGAGGAGACCGACUACGAAGAGGAAGAAGGAGAGGACGAGGAUGACGGCUCUGGCGACCGGCGACCGGGGCAGCACCGGAGCCGUGUUUAGGCGUACAUACGUAGAGAAGCUACUGGUGAGGCGAGGCGAAGGUAUGCGACGUUGGUGAUAUAAACACCGGGCCGUAGAGGUGCCGGAAUACUUCUGCGACGUCUUUAGAUAAGCCACUUGUAC